AUGGCGAACGUGCGUCGCGAGGAGUCGGUUAGCAACGUCCAUCACGCUAAGGACUACAACUAUACGGUGGAGGUGAACCGUUGGUUCCUGAAGCCAAUUGGAGUCUGGCCGAAUGGGGACGAGGCAACUAGAAUCGAGAGAUCGUUCUCUAAGCUGUUGAAUGUCACGUGCCACUUGCUGAUCACUUUCACCUUCGGUCCGUGCUUAUUGUACAUCAUGUUCGAAGACGUCAGUUUGUACGCCAAGAUGCAGGCGAUAGGUCCCAUGAGUCACUGGCUGAUGGGCGAGCUGAAUUACUGCAGCCUGUCCAUGAAGACCACCGAGAUCCUCCAAUGCAUGAGUUACGUCAAGAUGGACUGGAAGACGGUCACGCGAUCGAAGGACCGGCAGCUGAUGCUGAAGAACGCGAGAGUCGGCCGCAUGAUCGCCCUUGUCGCCGCACUGUGCAUGAACGUAGGCAUCGUCUCCUACAACCUCGUCACGGGCUUCCAGAAAACCGUGUUCAUCGAAGGGAACCAGACCUACCAAAUGCUCCGGCUGCCCUGUCCGUUCUAUACCAAGCUGAUCGACGUCAGGCACAGCCCCAUGAACGAGAUCGUCUACACCAUACAAAUACUGUCCUCCUUCAUGGUCAACUUCGUCACUGUCGGAGCUUGCGGAUUGGCCGCAGUCCUUGCUACGCACGCCUGCGGCCAACUGAGCGUCGUCAGGUCGCAACUGGAGAGCCUGGUGGAGCAGGACCAUGGGACCACCGCGCACAAGAAGCUGGCGGCCAUCGUGGAACGGCAUAGUCGAGCGUUGAAUUUUGUGUCGUAUAUAGAGAACAUUAUGCAUCUUAUAUGUCUCGUUGAGUUAACGGGGUGCACGUUGAACAUGUGUAUGCUUGAAUACUAUAUGCUCACGGAAAACUCGAAACAAACCUUAGCUACGUACACCAUUGUUUACGCGUCUAUGGUUUGUAACAUUUUCAUCUUUUGUUACAUUGGCGAGAAGCUGACGGAACAGUGCAGACAGGUGGGAGAGAAGGCAUAUAUGACAGACUGGUAUCGUUUACCUUACAAAACUGCCAACGGAUUAGUUUUGGUGAUCCUAAGGUCCGGAUUGGUAACCAGACUCACCGCCGGAAAGUUGUUGCCGAUGACAAUUACAACGUUCGGCGACGUGUACAAAACGUCUUUCGUGUACUUCAAUAUGCUUCGCACAGUUGCAAUAUAA